AUGACCACUUCGGAAGACGGAUUGAAGUAUUAUUCCAUGAUAGAGAAGAUCGGUGAAGGUAGUUUCGGCAUGGUUUACAAAGCAGUUGACAUUCGAACCGGGAAACUCGUUGCUUUGAAGCGUCUUUGUUUCGAUAGAACUCCUGACGGUAUGCUUAAACCCGCUGUUUUACGUGAAAUAUCAAUUAUGAGAGAGUUGGAUCAUCCAAAUAUUGUACGACUUGAAGAAGUAAUUUUUGAUGAGACAAAUGUACAUUUGGCUUUCGAAUUUUUGUAUAUCGAUUUGUGGAAAUAUCUGAAACAGUUACCCAGGAAUAUCUUCAUGGAACGAUGGCUUCAGAAAUCAUUUCAAUAUCAAAUCCUUCAAGGAAUGUGCUAUUGUCAUCAGCGAGCCAUCUUGCAUCGCGAUAUGAAACCAUCAAAUCUUUUACUUAAUACUUACGGUGCUAUCAAAAUUGCCGAUUUUGGUUUAGCGAGAGAGUUCAGCAUGCCAAUACGUGCUUAUACAAGUAGGAUAGCAACGCAAUGGUACAGAGCACCCGAACUUCUUCUUGGAACACUUCGAUACACUCCAGCAAUCGAUAUGUGGAGUAUUGGAUGUAUAUUUGCAGAAAUGGCCACGAAAGAUGUUCUCUUCCGUGGACAAUCACAAAUGAGUCAGAUAAAAGAAAUAUUUUCACGAUUAAAAACGCCCACAGAAGAGAUCUGGAAAGGAGUAUCGGAACUACCAUUUUAUUCAACUAUUGUAUUUCCUCGUUAUGAAGAUGAUCAUUUUGAUAAUUUGCUCAGCUCCUACGUGGAUCCCAUCGGCAUCGCCGUAAUUCGACUCUUACUUACAUACGAUCCAGCCAAGCGUGUAUCAGCCAAACAACUCCUCAAACAUCCAUAUUAUUCUGAUGUGGAUCGUUCAAAGUUACCAGAUCCCAACUACGAUGGUACGUUACCAAUGCCAGCUAGAUCUUGGAAUCUAGAUUUCACUGCAGAGGAGUACCCAAGUACCAGUAAGUACUGUAAAGAAGUGUGA